AUGACCUCUAUGUUGCAGAGCUUCCACAAGGAGAAAUCUCUCCCAGUUUCUCAUAACACCACACAGGACCCACCACCACCAACAGCCGGAGCCGGAAUGCGCCGAAGGAUCUCCUCUAUGACAUUCCAGAUCCAACCGCCGACGAUGUCAGACACCACCGCGUGGGCGUUGCGCAGCUCCAAAUCGGUGUCUUCAAUGGGGGAAUCGGCGUCUACCUCCAUCAAGACCUGGUGGGCUCGUGGCUGGGGAUGGAUCCUUUCCAGAAAACCAGUAUUCGCACAGGAUCUGGAGAUGAAUCAAGAAGAAACCUCCGUUCUCGGUUGUCAUAACAAAGGUAGCUUGAGACACAUCCUCUACAAAUUCAGAUCCGAGAUCCGAAAGCUCGUCGGAUCUGAUCAAGCCGGACUUCCUCAGACCAUCCGUUCAAAUUCCUACAGUUCCGCCAUUUGA